AUGCCUGAGCAACCGGAAUGUGUACAUGCAGAUUCCAUCCACCGCAGCCGAAUCACGGUUGCACCGCCCGUUGUCGACGGGUCUGCGCAAAGCACAACAACAGUCACUGUCGGCACCAUUUCAACCACCAUUGUUUCUACAAAUGCGACAGAAACCCCGACCAAAUCAGCAGAGGACACAAAAACUGCACCAAACGACAUUCAGGAGGCCGAAGAUGAAGACCUGGAGCCACUUUCUAGUGAACUCGAAUCUGCGUAA